AUGGAGGAGCCAUGCCUGAACUGCAGCUUCUUCGCAGCCUUCAACGACACACAGAACGAGGGAAACUACACUGGAAAUGUAACAUUUAUAAACAAGUUCUAUUUUUAUCAAUCGGCACAACUGGCGAUACUAUGGAUUCUGCUGGUGACAAUAGUGGCAGGCAACGCAACGGUGGUCCUUGCGUUGCUACUCACAAAGUCCAGAAAAAGCAGAAUGAACUUCUUUAUUAUGCAGCUUGCGAUUGCUGAUUUAUUGGUAGGAUUAAUCAGUGUUCUCCCAGACCUCAUACAACGAGUUACCAUAACUUGGCUGGCCGGAUCUAUAACAUGUAAAAUGAUGAAAUAUUUGCAGGGUGUGGUCACGUAUUCCUCCACAUACGUGCUGGUGGCGCUGAGCGUGGACCGAUGUGACGCAAUCACUCAUCCCAUGAACUUCACUGGAAGCUGGCGCCGCGCGAGAGCUCUCAUACUAUGCGCGUGGCUUCUUAGCUUCUUCUUCUGCAUACCGAUGUUACUGCUAUUCAACGAGGCUGAUAUAGAAGGCAUUCUCCAAUGCUGGUCGAGUAUUAGCAAGAUCCAGUGGCGGAUCUGGAUGACGAGCGUCUUCGUUUCGUUGUUCGUGGCACCAGCUCUGAUCAUAUCAGCUUGCUACGGCGUCAUCGUGGUGACCAUACGACAGAAAAGUCACAGGGUGCUCGGCAGGCGAGCCACAACCACAAGACAGUAUAGCGACGAUUUGGACAGCAGGCGAGCGAGUAGCCGCGGCAUCAUCCCGAAGGCGAAAAUCAAAACUGUUAAAAUGACAUUUGUCAUAGUCUUCGUAUUCGUCCUCUGCUGGUCUCCCUACAUGAUCUUCGAUCUACUUCAAGUAUAUGGCUACGUUCCGGACACACAAGUGAACGUGGCCAUAGCGUCUCUCAUACAAAGUCUCGCCCCGCUCAACUCGGCAGCGAAUCCGGUCAUCUACUUUAUAUUCUCGAACCGGAUCUUCGUGAGUCUCAAGAACAUACCUCCUUACAAAUGGCUGACUUGUCUGAUGAAGGGUAAUGAUAGUCCGGCUGGCAAUGAAUCCAGGGCCCAUACGGAGCUCCUCACGUCCUCACAUCGAAGAACCAGGCGCGAUCUUACCAUAAGGGUGAAAGACGACAGCGUCAAGUUUCCGAAGCCGAGGGUUCAGCACAGAAGCAGCACUAACUCCCGCAAGGUUCGCCUCCACCUACCCGAUGGGCAGCACCAGGUGAACAACAACUGUCAUACAGUCCGAAGACGAGAUGAUACUUUUCUUUAA